AUGAAAGCAAGAUGGCAAGCAGCCCAAGUAACCCUCCACCAUUGCCACCACCAAAUGCCUUCUUGCCAGGAACGCAAGAAGACAACAACAACAACUACUACUACGACUACAACAACAACUACAAUUACAACAACGGCUACAACCUCAACAACAGGAUCAUGCUCACCGCCAUCAUCUCCCUGUGUUUCGUCAUCCUGCUUGUCAUUGUCCUCCAUCUCUACGCUCGUUAUGUUAUACGUAGACAUCUUGCCAACCGGCGUGCCAAUUUAAUUAGCACUUUCCGAAUUGGUGUAGCUUCUUCUAGUGCUUUUGAAAUGCCGGAAACUUAUAGCGUAGGAAUUGAUUCUUCAUCGAUUGAGAAACUCCCUUUGUUUAGAUAUAAGAGAAGCGGUUCUGAGAAUCCCACGAUGGAGUGUUCCGUUUGCUUGAGUGCGUUAGAGGACGGUGAGAUGGUUAGGAUGUUGCCUGGUUGUAGGCAUAUGUUUCAUGUUGGGUGUAUUGAUAUGUGGUUGCAUUCUCAUUGUACUUGCCCGGUUUGUAGGGCUGAAGUUAAGGCAGUGAUGGAGAAAGGAGAGACAUCAAGUGGUAGUGUUUUGGGGUUGAGUUCUUCCUUUAGCAAGAUGUUGAGUUGGGAGAGAUCUGGGAGGAGAGUGCAUGACGCUCCUGCUCUAAGUGAUGAUCCUGAGAGACAGUAGUUUUUUCUUUCUUUAAUGUUUUUUUGGAUUAACAUAUACAGCAACAACAUCUUCCAUCUCAAGACGACAUGAUGCUUCUUCGGCAUGUGAUGAUCUUGAUCGAGGCU